AUGGGCGUAAAAGGCAUCCGUACUGCUUUGAAGGUCGAUCUGAACAAACCAGCUUGGGAACAGGAGGGUUUACAUAAUCGGUGGCAUCCAGAUGUACCUGCCUACGGCAAGAUUGCCAACAAUGAAGUGGUCAAGAUCGAAUGCCUCGACUGGACCGGCGGACAGAUCAAGAACAACGACUCUGCCGACGACAUCAAGAACGUCGACUUGACUCAGAUCCACUACCUGUCGGGCCCCUUCGAGAUCGAGACCGCUGAGCCCGGCGAUGUCCUGCUCGUGGAGAUCCAAGACGUCCAGCCCUUCGAAGACCAGCCCUGGGGCUUCACGGGCAUUUUCAGUAAAGAUAAUGGAGGCGGCUUCCUAGACGAACUCUACCCAGAGCCAGCUAAAGCAAUCUGGGACUUUGAGGGUAUCUUCUGUUCUUCGCGACACAUCCCCCACGUGCGGUUUGCAGGCCUCAUCCACCCGGGAAUCCUGGGCUGCGCUCCGUCUCCCGAGGUUCUCGCCGAAUGGAACCGCCGUGAAGGCGAGCUGAUCGCGGCGAACACCACCAGCCGCGAUGUCGCCAAGCCCCCCGAGCCCAAGAACGUGCACGCCGGCACAGCAAGCGAGGAAAUGAAGACGAAGAUCGGCAAGGAAGGCGCGCGAACGAUCCCAGGCCGCCCCGAGCACGGCGGCAACUGCGACAUCAAGAACUUGUCGCGCGGCUCCAAGGUCUACCUCCCCGUGCACGUCCCCGGCGCCAAGUUCUCCGUCGGCGACCUGCACUUCUCGCAGGGCGACGGCGAGAUCUCCUUCUGCGGCGCCAUCGAGAUGGCCGGCGUGAUCACGCUGAAAUUCACCGUACUCAAAGACGGCAUGGCCAAGCUAAGCAUGAAGUCGCCCAUCUUCCACCCGGGGCCCGUCGAGCCGCACUUCGGACCCGGCCGCUACCUCACCUUCGAGGGCUUCUCCGUCGACGAGCACGGCAAGCAGCACUAUCUCGACGCGACGGUGGCGUAUCGCCAGACGUGUCUGCGGGUCAUCGAGUAUCUCCGUCGCUACGGGUAUAACGAUUACCAGAUCUAUCUGCUGCUGAGCUGUGCGCCGGUCCAGGGCCAUAUUGCGGGACUGGUGGAUAUUCCAAAUGCGUGCACCACUCUGGGCGUCCCAAUGGAUAUUUUCGAUUUUGAUAUCAGACCGGAGGCGGACGUGAUUAAAUUGGAUAUGGGAAGUUGUGCGUUCGCUAGCAAGUGA